UUGACCUUCGUCUUCCUGUUUUAAAACGUGACAGACAGACAGAAGAGGCGAGAAAAUGGAGUCGAACUCAAAGUCUUCCAAAGCGCAUCGCGCUCGUGAUCUUCUUCCUUCCUUGAAACCUUCUUAUCUAUCUCUCAGUUUAGUCUUUGCUUGUAUAAUUCUUCUGUUGAAGAACGAAUCUACAAACCAUCGUUUGUUAGCGUUGGAAAAACAGAUGAAGGUUUUGUCAACAAAGCAGUGCUGUACUUAAAGACUGGCUCCGAUACAAAUCACGACGAAAUGUCCGUCAGGCCGCCAUUGGAUUUUGAUCCAAUUUUUGCGAGGAAGGUCAAGAUUCCUGAUGCGACUUCAAAGAAGCAUGACUAUCCCCCAGGUGAAAGUGAGCGCGACACAAUUAGCGAAGCCACAAGGAAUCGUAGGCAAGUUUCAAAUGUCAUCUCAAUUGAUGAGGUACGCAAUGAAAUCACCAAGCACUUUGAACAACUCAUUCCCACUAAGUAUUGCAAGUCAACCGAAAAAGUCUGCCCAGCGGGGCCCCCCGGACGCCCUGGUGUCCGAGGUGUAAAAGGAACUCGUGGCAGGAGGGGACCAAAAGGAAAGAGAGGACUUCAAGGUGAUAUGGGUCCACCAGGUAGACAUGGAAAACCGGGGAUGACUGGACCUAAUGGACCAAAAGGAGUGAAAGGGGACCGGGGCGAGAGAGGCCCGAAAGGUAUGCCAGGACCAUCUGGUAGACCUGGACAGUCAAUAUCAGCCCCACAAGUCAUGAUAUCACCUGAUGAGCAGACUCAAGAUGAAGGAAGCAAUGCAAUGUUUUACUGCACGAUUUCUGGGAACCCACGUCCCCAGUUCGAAUGGAGAUUCAAGAGCAAGAAGCUUGUAUCUGGAUUAAAACACUUGAUUCAAGAUGGCAAAUUGACAAUUAAACGUUUGAACUACAGUGAUGCUGGACCUUACUCUUGUGUCGCGACGAAUGUUCUUGGAUCGCACAAAAGUUCUAGAAAUUUAACCGUUCGAGGUCUCCCUAUUUUCACUGUGGUACCUCCAUCCCUCGCCACACCAAAGGAGUUUUGUACCUUCCAACAGGCCUGUCAAGCUGAAGGAUUUCCACCUCCUGCAAUAACGUGGCGCAAAUUAGUAACGUCUCUACCUGCUGGAAAGACUAUUUCAAAUAAUGGAAGCCUAACAAUCAAAAAUCUUUCCCCUGGCGACAGUGGAUUGUAUGAAUGCGUAGCCAGAAACAGUUUUGGUACAACGAAAGCCUCCAUGAACGUGGCAGUACAGAGACAAGAUUCUGAGUGCUGGCGCAGCAGAUCCAAAAGUCCAAGGGGAGGCUGGGGCCACCAAAAUAGCAGAAUUGAUGCAAUCGAUUUCCAAACAAGUAGUGAGGUCACACUGUUGGGAUACCGUCUGUGGGGAGUCAAUAGCGGUUCAACCACUUUUCAGGUCACUAUCCGAUUGUAUCAUGGAAGUUCUUUGAUCGCAGAAAAGACUGGAUCCUACUACACCACAUCCUCAGUUAAGACGUUUGAAGUUCGUUUUUCUUCUGGGAUUUCUCUUCGUGCAGGUGUAUCAUACACAGCAACAUCUAAACUGACCACAGGCGGUAGUAACACUCGUGCUCACUUGGAUGGAAUGUCGAGUACUUCAUGUUCUGGUAUCACUGUUACGUUUACGAAAUCUUCCAAAGAUAUUAACGGAUCACGUGUAUCCAGUGGCCAAAUACCAGCGCUGAUCUUCCGCUCCGGUCAUUGCUAAAAGGAAAUACCACAGUUUCCAUUCACAAUCUUAAUCAUGUGUACUUUUGUUCAGUUUGAGAUAUUUCAUCCAUUACUAGUAGAUCUCAAUAACUUAUCUAGAAAGAACUAAUAAACACAUUUUGCCAUCGAUACUAACUGAAAGAAGUCAGCUAAAUUUCAUGAAGCUAAUUUUUAACAAUGAUGAAGGCAGUUUCUGACGGUGAGUUGCAUCAACGCUGCUACUCAUGCAAGAGCGAGAAGCAGGGCUUUGUAAGAUUAAGCAGGCAUGCGUUAGUGAUAAGCUAACAAAACCUUGAAUAAGCUUAUAAGACUCACGCGAUUCAUUUUAUGAAAAAUGAAUUCACAUGCUGGGUGAAGGAGUAAAUAUAAAUAAAUGUACUUUACAGGGCAUAGCCGAUGCACUGUCCACAUAACCAGUAUGUGACAAGGAUAAGGAAGUCAUCAACACAUGAAAACUAUGCUUUGUCACAAUUCCUUGUCGUGCUUGAUCCAGCUGACGUUAUUUCCGGCUGUAGGUAGUUCAGCCGACGAAUUUAGUUUGAAUUCCACGAUUAAGACUUUCUCGUAAUCUUUUGUUUUUUUAAAUAUUAUACGAGCUACACAACAACUCGUAGAGCUGUAUAUAAAUUUGCUGAUCAUAAUUACUUGUGAUAGAUAGCACUGAAGUGGUCGUUUUAAUUGUAAAUUUACGUUAAAGUGGCAACUGCUCUGUCGAAAAUGAGGUCACGCUACAACCCUUUUUUUUUUGUCACUUUUGGACAAACUUUGCGAUAUUAGGCAGUAUUUAAUUCCCAAACAAAAUACUGAAGUUGAACACCACUAAGCUUUAUUCAUUAAACCAGUACAGGUUAUGUUUGAGGGCAUAAAUAUGUUUUUGUCCGAUUCAGGGACAUUUUUUUCAUAAUCGCACAUAAUUUACCGAAAAAUCAUUUUGCAGCAAUUUAUUCGCGAUAUUAUCUCAGUUUUUUGCGCGUAUUCAUAUUUAUGAAUUGAGUACUAUUCCCACUAAAAUACCAAAAAAAUACACCCACAAAAUAUUCAUGUUACAGCCGGGUAAAUAAAUACAGUAUUUUUCCUUG